AUCGAGUCGAGUCAAAGUCGAAUCACCGUAUAAUCGAAACGAAAGCGUAGAGGCUGGCAGGAAUGCUGUCAAGAAUAUGGUGGAUGAGUCGUAACAUGGUUAACGACAAAUAGUUAUAACAACGAGAGGAAUAACGUUAUAUGUAAGGGAAGAAAAUAAGAAAGAAAGAGGGGUGGAAAACGGAGCAGAGGGGAGUGCGCUUUGAAUGGUAGACGGUGGGACAGAGUGAUAGAACUAGGCACGAGAAUGGCUGUCAGGGCGCUGCUUGGACCUUCUCUACGCUUGAACAGAUUAUCAACUGGACUGUGGAACGAGAGAGCUGGCAACAGAAUAGCUGUUUUGAUCAACGUCGAGAGCCAACGACGAGAUGCGCAUAAAUGGUAUCCAGACCAAUCCGAUUGGGAGCACGUACGACAAAGAGAGAAGACCACCAAAGUGUUUGCACCUGAUAACUUGUGGCCUUACUUAAAGGCAGAGAAGUUUAAUCAACCUUUGGAUGACCGGAAACCUCCACCGCCGCCAGAAUUGCGAAAUGUAAUGAUCAACUUUGGCCCUCAGCAUCCAGCUGCACACGGAGUAUUACGACUAAUACUUGAAAUGGAUGCCGAGUACGUAGUGCGUGCAGAUCCCCACAUAGGUCUUUUGCAUCGAGGCACGGAGAAGUUGAUCGAAUACAAAACGUACAUGCAAGCUUUACCUUACUUUGAUCGUUUGGACUAUGUUUCCAUGAUGUGCAACGAACAGUGUUUCUCCAUUGCUAUUGAAAAAUUGUUGAACAUAGAAGUGCCCUUACGAGCAAAAUAUAUCAGAACUUUAUUUGCCGAGAUUACAAGAAUCCUGAACCAUCUGAUGAACAUUGGAACGCAUGCCCUCGACAUAGGAGCUAUGACACCAUUUUUCUGGUUGUUUGAAGAACGAGAAAAGCUGAUGGAAUUUUACGAACGCGUGAGCGGCGCUCGCAUGCACGCGGCUUACAUUCGUCCGGGCGGUGUUUCUUUGGACAUGCCGUUGGGUUUGAUGGACGAUAUAUACCACUGGGCCUCGCACUUUGCAGAACGAUUGGACGAAGUGGAGGACAUGUUGACGGAAAACAGAAUAUGGGUGGCACGUACGAAAGAUAUUGGGGUAGUAACGAUACCACAGGCGUACGAUUGGGGAUUCAGCGGCGUAAUGUUGAGGGGUUCCGGAAUAAAGUGGGAUUUGAGGAAAGAACAGCCUUACGAUGCGUACGAUUUGGUCGAGUUUGACGUUCCAAUCGGUGAAGCCGGAGAUUGUUACGAUCGAUAUCUGUGCCGUAUGGAGGAAAUGCGUCAAUCGUUGCGAAUCAUUUACCAGUGCUUGAACCAAAUGCCAGAGGGCGAAGUAAGGGUCGACGAUGCGAAAAUCGUACCUCCUAGAAGGGAGGAGAUGAAAACCAGCAUGGAAGCGUUGAUACAUCACUUUAAGCUGUACACGCAGGGAUUCCAAGUACCUCCUGGAGCUACAUUUACCGCGAUCGAGGCGCCAAAGGGAGAAUUUGCCGUCUAUCUCGUUAGCGACGGUAGCAGCAGACCUUACAGAUGCAAAAUCAAAGCACCGGGAUUUCCUCAUUUGGCAGCUCUGCGCCACAUGGGUCCACGGUGCCUGCUCGCCGAUGUUGUAGCCAUUAUCGGUACUUUGGACGUGGUAUUCGGUGAAAUUGACAGAUAAAUUGUAAAUACAGUAUAUUUAUUGUUAGAUGUAUCUCGUACGUAGAAAAUUUCGCUGAUACUGUCGUGCUAUCUGUUCCCGUUUGUGGGCAACGUGGAAAAUGAGCGCGUAUUUGCACGCCCACGUGAGAGAAGAGGAAGAGAAAUAAAGUGUACUCGUUGCCGUUUAGGUCGAAA